AUGUCUCAGGAGUCAAUUUCUCAUUUGAUUUUGAAGAUUAAGACAAAUAUCAAAACUGAGCUCACACCCAUCCUUGAGUUGGUCCUUGGGUUACCAACAAAUGCUCCUUCUGCUGUGCAAGUGUCGCAAGUGGGAGAUAAAGGAUAUGGUGUUGUCGGGUCUUUGAAAGAUUCUAAAAAAGGAGCAGUGGUUGUAGAAGUGAUUUUGAUACAAAUAUCCACUUCACUUCCUAUUUCGUUAACUACAACUUCAAAAAUAACCACAAGAAGACCAAUCACAAAAGGGAUCAUUAUAAAUGAAAGAGAUGGAGGUUCAAGUUCGAGUUCAAUUCCACCAUCUUCGAAAGAUGAUCAAGGUGAUAAAUGA